UUUUCAUCGUCGGAGGAAAACCCCAUAACAAUUCUUACAGAUAUUACAAAAUCAUUCAAAUAUCGGUCGGUCGAUAUUAUCGGACAUCCCUAGUUGUUAGCGUUCCAGACACCGUGGUGCCUCUGCAUAAAACAGUCUGGUGACUAAAGACUUCCAGAAACGCUCCGGUCUCUGCUGUUGAACCCCUCGACAAACCUUACCGUUGUAGAGGAAAGCACGAUGUCACCAAACAUCUGAUGACAUCACCGCUGACUUCAUCUUUUUUUAAAAACCUUUCAUCAACAAUUCAUUUCAGCCACUACCCCAUUUCAGCCACUAGGGAUGACUAUCUAGCGCACCAGCAACCUUAACGUUAACUAGAGAUAGAAAGAGUAAUAAAUGAUGGAAGAUGACAAAGUAAAGGAAGGCAGUGCUGAAGCACCACAGCUGCCCACUGCUGGAGAACAGGCCGAACUUUUAAAUAUUCUCACCAAAUCCCACGAAGACCCGAAAAAGGCUAAGAGCGUCUUCGUUGACGAUGACAGCUGGUCAAAGGAUUUGAUACCUUGUCUUUCAACCCUCUGCCUGGAAAACAUAGUGCAAAACUUUGAAGACAACCCUGUACUGAAUCAACUCAAACCCCAUCAGCAAGACUACGUCCUGGAGAGGCUCUCUACAUCCCUGCCUCUGCACGUGACGUCCAAAUUGAUAAGGGACGGCGUUUACUGGAGGCGGUGCUGCGAGCAUCACUGGGAUAUCUGCGAUGUCACCGAUUACGAGAACAGCUGGAAACGAAUGUUCUUCGAGAGGCGGCUGGAGAACCUGAUCGAGGAGUUUGUUCCCGGUGUAACCGACCUCCACGUGAUUUUAGACAUGAUCCCUCAUUCUAGGGAGUACGUCAGACACUUGAAUAUCACACAGCUGCGGGUGAGCGAUGACAAGACCUAUUUGGACCACUUUGACUUCAACACUAUGCUUCACAAGCUGUGCCUCCUGGAGGAGCUGCACGUGAUUUGUAAUGUGAGAGUUUGUCGGAUGAACUUUGAAUGGAAUAUGGUCGAGCUGUCGGAGCAGGACGGUGAGUGCCUCGCCAAGGCCGCUCAGCACUGCAAAACUUUAAAGAGGUUAAAGGUCCAACGCAGCGGCAUCAGAGAUCAGCUGUGUCAGCUGAUGUGCCCAUACAUGUAUCACCACCACUCUCUGAGGGAACUCGACCUUUGCCACAACUUGAUCAGCGAAGACGGAGCCAAGGCCUUGAGUGACCUGCUCAUCAGGAGCAGGCUGGAAACCCUGAACAUAUGUGACAAUCACAUACAUGACCAAGGAGCCAAAGCUCUGGCUUUUGCCUUGUCAAAGAACAGCACCCUGUUGAAUCUCAACCUCCGACUCAACCGGGUGAAAGACGACGGCGGGGAGGCCUUGAGUAAAGCUUUACUGGUGAACCACACCCUCCAACAUUUGAACUUAGCAGCUAACGAUGUGACCGGCCCUACAGCUGUCGCUAUGGCGAACGCUUUGGUUGAAAACAAAACUAUAAAGAUUAUCAUCCUGUCCUGCAACAUGUUGGGACCUUUAGAUGACUCGGACAUGACGGACUCUCGUCUGCAGAUUUAAGAGGAAGCAGCUUUAUUUGUUGUUGUGAAAGAGCUAAGGCGGUCCGACAAUUAAUCUCAGGUUAGCGGUAAAUCAUGAAUAAUCAUGAUUAAU